AUGAUUAAAAUACGAUUUUGUGUUCCCGAUUCAGUCUAUGAUAAUUGUGUUCGUAUGUCUGACAACGUACCAGGCACCUUUUCAUGCAUUAACGCCAGGGAUAAAUAUGAUUGUAUGCGAUUAUUGGAGAGGGAUGAGGCAGAUAUUGUCAAUUUAGACGCUGAAGAUCUUUAUUUAGCCGGAAGACUAUAUGCAUUGGAACCGUUUAUUGUCGAAGAAUUUAACGGAAGU